ACUGAGCAGGUUUAUGUGUAUGAAGGAAAUCCAGCUAUCAAAUCCAUGUUUGAGUGGAUUCACUUUACUUUUGAUACACAAAAGUAAGAUUAUUGCUGGCCUUUUCUUCCUGAUGGUUUGCGGUUUUACUUAGUAUGUAUGUAUGUAUGUAAGUAAUGGAAGCACAGUAGCCGAUGUACCCCUUUAAUAUCUGCAUUUGCUGAAACGUUGAAAUAGCAUAGUGAUUAUAGGCCAGUGGAUUUGAUGGACAGCUCUGGAUGAAAAGGUACCACUUGCAUUGAUAGUUUACUAAAAACAUGUAGGCGUUUUUUGUCUUGAAGGAGUUAUUUAAUCAUGGUUUUGCAUUCAUCUUGGCCAUUAAAGUGCUCAUCUGAGUUACAUAAAACACUCAUAGCCAGAAUGCAAAAAGGAGAAAAUGAAAUGCAUUAGGGAGAAAGGGUGUAAUUACACCUUCAUGUGUGUCAGCUCUUUUGAAUGCUAGGUGCCUUAUGCAAUCCCUAGUGUUGUGCCAUUUUAGAAAGCAUGUCAUUUUUCCAACUCCAGCUACAGCUCCACUGGUGUGGCGUCAGGGAGGCACGGACGCAACACACGCACACACACACACACACCAUCUCUCUUUCUCUUCUCUCUCUCAACCCCUCGCUCUCUCAGCCACCCACUGACUUAGGAGUUUGUUGCCAUGGAGACGCUUGUGAAGUGUAGAGGCCAGAGCGAUGGAUCGCAUCACCCCCCGCUCUCGUUGCCUCUUUUGUGCCACCGGGCAAUUGUGCCGGGGCGUAUGAUGAUUCACCACAGUGGAGCGGAGUAAGAGACCUCUGUUCUGAUGAGGGUGCGACAGUGAUGCCACAGAAAGAGAAAGAGCGAGUGAGUGAGGGAGAGAGAGAGAGCGAGAGCGAGCUGAAGCCCUGUGUGGCCAGGCAGCAGAAAUAAAAAAGGGAAGUCAGACAGACAGUCAGUGAGUUCGGGAGAUGGAGCGAAAGACAACGAUAGACAGUGAUCAAAAAGAGGAAAAGUUAAAAGCGUGAAAGAGUGAUCAGAAAAAGUGAUGGACAACACUAGAGUACCAAGAGGAACAGAAACAAACUGCAAGAUGGAGAGCAGAAGAGAGUAAAAAGCACUGAAUAGACAAAAAGGAAAAUUAUAAACAGAGGGGGGGGGGGGGGGGUGGGGGAAAGAGACGUCACUGGACUCAGCGAGUGCAUCGUGUUCUGGAGGGCGAUGCAGCGGCAGCAGCGGCCAGCUUGCCGUUCCCUCACUGGGGACAUCCUUUUCGGGCUGGGGAACAGCCGGCGCCACUCGGCCUCAGACGUGCUGCUGAAGGUGCUGCAGCGGCGUCGGAGCUCCGCACUGGAGAGCCUCUCCACCUCCUCCCACCGGGUCAUGCUGGCCGUCAGUAUGGUCGAAGCAGACACCAGUGCGCAGGGACGCAGAUUUAGUGUUCGAGUCCCGACAGCAAAGUACACUAAAGUUGGGGAGACCCUGCGGCAUGUCAUCCCUGGUCACAUGCAGUGUUCCAUGACCUGUGGGGGGCGCGCCUGCAAGUACGAGAACCCCUCCCGCUGGAGCGACGAGGAGCAAGCCAUCAAGGGCCUCUACUCGUCAUGGAUCACAGACAACCUACUAGCCAUGGCAAGGCCUUCAACAGAAAUAAUUGAAAAAUAUAACAUCAUUGAACAGUUUCAAGGGUGUGGCCUAAAGACGGUGAUUAAUCUGCAGCGCCCAGGGGAGCAUGCCAGCUGUGGCAACCCUCUGGAGGCAGAGAGUGGCUUUACCUAUCGCCCUGAGAUCUUCAUGGAAGCAGGAAUUUACUUUUACAACUUUGGAUGGAAGGACUAUGGCGUGGCAUCUCUUACCACCAUCUUGGAUAUGGUUAAAGUGAUGUCCUUUGCCAUUCAGGAGGGGAAAAUGGCCAUCCAUUGCCAUGCGGGUCUUGGAAGAACAGGUGUCUUACUGGCAUGCUACCUCGUUUUUACUUCACGGAUGAGCGCUGACCAGGCCAUCCUGUUUGUGCGCGCAAAGCGACCCAACUCCAUCCAGACGCGGGGACAGCUACUGUGUGUGCGGGAGUUUGCCCAGUUCCUUGUGCCGCUGCGCAGCGUCUUCUCCUGUGCCGAGCCAAGGGCCCACACUGUCACGCUCACACAGUACCUGACCCGCCAGCGCCACCUGCUGCAUGGCUACGAGGCGCGCCUCAUGAAGCACGUGCCCAAACCCGUGCAGCUAAUCUGCCGCCUGCUGCUGGACGUGGCCGAGAACCGCACAGUCCCCGUGGACGAACUGCGGCCGGCACCAGAGCUGCCAGACCUGGCUGCGGAGGUAGAGAAGACCGUAUCCCAGCAGGCUCUGCAGCAGCUCGGCAAGGAGAUGAGGGGGAAGGGCAUCCCUGUGCCUUCGCCACGAGUCUCGCUGACAACCCCCGUCCCCGUGCUGCUGGCUCACGACCGGCCUUUGUGCAGCGAACAGGACAUGGUUUGGAGGCAGCGGGAACCCUGCAACCUCCUGAAACCUCUCCGUACCCUCAAGAGAAGCCUUAGCUUGAGCGACACUGCUCUGCACAUCCUGUCCUCUCAGAUGCAUCCAGCAGGGGCCUCUGCAAGUGCACUUAGCCACAGGCCAAUGUCAGACCUCUUCAAUCCAUGCUUCGCCUUUCACAACAGCCUUGGGGAUUGUGAGUCUACUUGGCGUCCACCAGGUCAACCUCACUGUCGCGGUCGCAGUCACGACAGUGACAGCCCAAGCAAUCGCUCUCCCUCCAACUCGCCAAUCUCAGACAAACCUCAGAGGAAAGAGGCAGAGAAAAAGCCUGGAGGAUCAUGCCAGUCAAGACGGGUACCUCUCAGACAGAGUCAGCGUAGCAUGUCUGUGGGGUAUACUGAAAGCAGCAGAGGAACCAACGAGUCCAUGUUGUCAGCGUGGGAUGAUGAAGGUUGUGGAAAGGGUUGUGUUGAUAGGGGGAAGUCAUCAGCCGUCUCUGAUCUUAGCUCAACGGAAGCUUGCGAUGUUAAUUCGGAGAAGCCAAACUUCCCCUUCAUCGCACUCCAGAAUGAGCUCAGCCCGCAGGCCAGGCGAGUCUUGGUUGCUCAAGCGCUUGCGACAGAAUCUGACCAAGAAGAGCUCAGAGACAAGGUGCUAGAGUGGCAGACGGAGCUGAACUCCAGAGAGGGGACCUGGGAUCGACUCUGCCUGGAGCGGGACCCUCUGGUGCUCUCUAGUCUCGUGUGGUCUUGGCUGGAGCAGCUCAGAGAUCCGGUCAUCAGCCAUGAGGAUGUGGAGGCACUGGAGGAGAACAACUAUAGCUCACAACAGGCUCUAGACUCACUGGAAAAGGGCCACAAACAAACUCUGUUGUGCAUUCUUGAUUGUGCCGCACAUCUAUUAGAGAUACCAGAGGAGGUGGAAAAGGGCAUUCUCGAUCGUAUAAUCAAAACAUUUACAAAGGUGGAUAUGGAAUCGGAGAAUGGCCAGGCGGUUUGCUGCACCCUGCGGGCAGUCUUGACCCCUGUUCUCCAUGAGCUGAGGGCCAAAGCAGAGGAGGAAGUGGACUUCAUAGGCCAGUAUGCUGAGUAUCCCUGACCACUGCAUCCCAGUCCAUAACUGGAUCACACCAGAGGUUGGAUAUGAUCCUCAGCCUUUCUAAACUGGUUGUAUGUUUUUGUGGCAUAAAAGUCAUACCAGGUCCAAAAUUGUCCGUCACUGCUGCUGUUUUAUUGUUACCAUUGUGUUAUAACUUUUUAAAGAUCCUAUUAAUGUCAGGCUGUCUAACGCUGUUGUUAUUUGUGUCUGUGUUUUACCAUUUUGUAAUGUUUACUCUUGAAAAAAAAACUGCCAUGUAUUUUUGUGUGCCAUGUGGUUCACUUUAAGUUUUCAUGUCUUUUUGUUUUAAUAUGUUUGGUAUUAUACAUUUGUGUGAUAUGUAUUAUAUCAUACUUAUAGUACCUACCUAUUUAUUACAUUUGUAUGUUUGACACAAAAGCAUAAAGCAAUGCCUCAUUUAAUAGGCUGAAAGGAAACUGACAUUCUUAGUGGAUCAGAAUGAUUCUACAGUCCAGAAUUAUGUACAAGUGUGGUAAAUGUGUGUUAACACUAAUCACUGGGGAAUGUGCUUUAAUAGUAAUAUUCACAUCUCAACCCACAUAAAUGGAACUUUCAAUAUUGUUCCCUACAACAUCAUGGAGAUUGAUGUCUGUAAACCAAAUAAUAGUUUCACUGUGCAAAGUAUGUAGUAUACAGUGGUAUAUCAAAGUGGCAUAUUUGAAUGCAAGAGAAGUGGGGGAGACUGAAUGCAACGUUAGCUUUGAAUUUAUAUGAUCAGUUUAUUUCUAAUUUGAAGCAUCUGAAGGCUCAUUUCAUAAUAUUGUCAUGCAACCUAGCUAGCUCUUGUGAUUACUUAAACAUUGCCUUUACAAAAAUACUGAUACAAAAAAGAAAAAUGGCAUCUGUUUGAGAAUGUAUGUGUUUGUCAAAGAAUGUGUCUUGUUUUGGCUGUGGCUAAAUGAAUUCUGCCUCAUUGAAAAAUGACUCAUUUUGCAAAGAAACUAAGCUGCUCUUUGGAGUUUAUUUCUACAGAGGGAUAUAUAUGUUUCUUUCAUGAAGCACUAUCAAUGUUUUAGAUGCAUUGUGAUUAGUGUUUAGUCCACCUCAGACCUCAUUUUUGUCCAUGAAUGCGCAAUAUGGUGUUCAUCAAGAACAGAAGACAACUGAAUUAAUUAACUUGAUUCAAGCUUGAUCACAUUUGUAUUUUAAGGGUGAGAACAUUGUACUGUGGAAAUGUUAAUGAAGCACUAUUUUUUCACCAUCCCAUUCUUUGCCGAAAAUAAAUAAAUAAAUGCUCUUAACAUAA